AUGCGUGACGGAAAGAAGUCAGUCCUUGUUAUCAAUGGACCAAAUCUCAACCUUCUCGGUACUCGAGAGCCACACAUCUAUGGUCAUGAAAGUCUGGCCGACGUGGAAGCAGCUGGGAAGCAGCAAGGAAAUGACCUAAAUGCCCACGUGGACUUCUUCCAAAGUAACUGGGAAGGUGCCAUAGUUGAUCGGAUCCAAGAAGCUCGCACUGAUGGGACAGAUGGAAUUAUCCUCAAUCCAGGUGGAUUCACGCAUACCUCAGUUGCAAUUCGAGAUGCACUUCUAGGCGUAUCAAUUCCUUUCAUCGAACUUCAUGUGUCGAAUAUCCAUGCGAGAGAGGAGUGGCGGCAUCACUCAUAUUUCCAAGACAAGGCUAAGGCGAUUAUUGCUGGAUGUGGUGUUGCAGGUUAUGAGUAUGCUAUCGAUCAUGUCGUGAAGAAAUUUCCAUCCAGAGAGUAG